AUUAAAUUGAGCUGGUAUGCCAGCAAUGUGUUGACUGAAGCGCCUAGUGUGAACACGGUCUUUGUCUGUGUGCGAUCAUGUGACGCUGUGUGCGACCUGAUAUGAGUAGAUUACAUGUUUGUGUGAAUCUAUGCGCACACAUGCGGCUCUGUGGCGUGUCACAUGUUUGGAUCCUCAUUCGUCGCUGCCUGAGAACGAAGAGUCCUGCAGCAGACCAGUGAUCGGCGAAUGAUCCCAGGUGCCAUGUGGCGUCGUGUUCACGAGACGAGUCCAGAUGAACGCCCCCCUUUUUGUUGUGUUCAGGACCUCGUGAGUGGACCUUUUGCGAUACGUUGUGUUAGGGCUGCGUGGAGCGAGGAGGGAACCGGCCUGAGCUCCAACUGCAUGAAUCGCGCACUGAGCGGCUGAAAGAGCCAGGUGUUGAUUUGAAGCUGCAUGUGAGCUGGAAGGUCCCCGUCCUGAAAAAUGACUCAGUCGGUUCAAGUUAACCCAAAGCUGCCUGAUCUAGGCUCUCCAUUCCUUUACUCCGGUCAGGAGGAGGCUGACCAGCCGGCCUCUUACUCUGUCCAGACUCCAUACGGCUUCCAGCUGGAUCUGGACUUCCUUAAAUAUGUAGAAGAGAUAGAGAGUGGACACAACCUCCGCCGAGCGCCGCUUAGCUCCAGGCGAUCCGGACGGGGGCUCAAACUUUCUCAAAGGAGUCCAGGUGUCGGGGGACGAACCAGCGGUUGGACAUCCACGGAGUCGCUCGCAUCUCCGGCCAGUGAAGAUGGCAGAGCUCCUCCACCUCCGCCGCCGCGUAACCGCCUUGGGUCGGCCCCCUGCGAGGGACUUUCUCUUUCGCCUGUGAUCCUCUCCAGCGUCCCUCCCCUGUCUGCUGGGCCCAAAGUGCCACCGCCUCCACCGCAACGCAACCCCAGGGUUGAGCGGACCCUUCUGGAGACCAGCCGGCGGCUACAGCAGGAACAAACCCACCAGCACCAGAACGGUGGGCGCUUCCAGCUUGCAGAUCCUCCCAAGCUGCACUUACCCUCUCCAUCUACCCAGGCUCUGCAGAGUAGCUGGAGUAAACCCAGUCCUCAGACCUCUGGGCGCAGCACUCCAGCUGCUGGCACCGCAAUGACCCCGAUCCCACCCAGCCAGCUGCAGACGGUUAGAGAGCAGAUGGCUACGGCCUUGAAGCAGUUGAAGGAGAUGGAAGAAAGAGUAAAGGGUGUUCCUGCGCUUGAGAAAGAGGUGGCCAAGCUUCGAGCAGAGAAAGACAUGCUCCUGUUGGCCCUGCAGGAAAAGACGGCGGCCAUUGAGGUGGCCCAGCAGAAGCGGCCAUGCACAGAGUCUUCUACACAAACUACAGAGGCCCUCCAGACUGGCCAGAGUCGAGUGACGUCACCAAACACGGCCGGACACAAAGGCCUCGGGAAAUCUGGCGAACUGAAACGGCUGACGGAGAAAUUCGAGGGGAAGGAAGUGAAAGCGCCGGUGUCAUCUAAAGUUUUACUGAACGCUCCGGAAAAAGCGGCGGUUCAGAAAAAAUCAGUAGCUGUUGGGGAAGAUGUGCCGAUGGACUCGGUUGUUUGUUACCAUAGCCGCGGAAUGAAAGACGCGUCUGAGGGCACUAAUGUGAAUGUUAGCGAGAAAUGUACAGGAACAGAAGUGCAUCUGGUUCAGGAGGAGGGAAUACAGGCCACAGUAGAGACACAGGAGGCUGAAGUGUGGGUCAUGGAGUCACUGCUCGGGCUGACCACUGAGACACAGCGGGAGAUAGACACCCUGCAGGACACCAUUAAAUUCCAGCAAGAGGCCAUCGUGUCUUUAGAGGAUCGACUGAGUGAAGCCGACAAGGACCUGGGAAUGCUUAGAGCCAAGAUGGAGGAGAAAAGCUCUAAGGUCAUGAAGGAUAAGGGGGUUCUCGCCAAACCCGACAUGACAAAUGCCCAGGUAGCGACGUCGACUCCAGUGUUAAAGCACGCUGCAGUUCUGUGUCACCCUCAGGUGACCGAUGCCUGUGUAGGUGUAGAGGACAGGGCCAACCAGACUGAACAGGGAACCCAGACUGACGCUGUGGUGGCACCAGCACAACCAGCCCCUGUUGUGAUGGUCAGCGCCGAAUGCCAGUGGGAGAACUUGUAUGAGGAAAAGAGUGAGGGGCAGAAAGUUACCGUGCUGAAGAAGAGACAGCUGACCAUUGCUGAUUAUAAGAUCUCACCGGAUGAAGAGGUCAUCGGUAAGGACGAGACGAAAGAGGGAGAGCAAGGAGAGGAGACUGCAGUCAGUAACACAAAGACAGUAGGUUUGCUGAAAUCAAUCAUGAAGAGGAAGGAUGGGAGUAACUUAGGCGAGAAUCGCACCGCUGGAAAGAAGAGCUUGCAAUUUGUUGGUAUUCUAAAUGGAGGGUAUGAAUCUACGUCCAGUGAAGAUGAGGAAGAGGAGGAGGAAGAAGAUGGCAGCUCUUCUGGAGAGAGUGGAGAAGGUGAGUGCUUGGACAGCACAGAGGAGGAUGAGGCCGCUUUGGAGGAAGAAACGUCUGAGGAGGAGAGGAACAUCAACCUGGAUGAGAGCGACACUGAUGAAGAAACGCUGAGAGCUGCAGAAUAUUCGUCUGAUGCUGUGAAAGAAAAGUUUGAGUUGAGCUCAAAAAUGCGUGAAGCCUGCCUCAUUCUGAAGAACCACUUGAACGAUGACAUCCAAACACUGAAGAGUAAAGAAGUGCUCUCCAGCACACACAUGGUUCAGCUCGAGUGGUUCCGCAUCUCCAGUGCCAAAAUGGCUCAGCCUUCGCGUGUCUCCGACUACCUGAUGGCCUUCUCCGAGGUGUCGUCAGUGCUGCUGGAGCAUGUGGUCAACAUGACCGAUGGCAACGGCAACACAGCCCUUCACUACAGCGUCUCCCACUCCAACUUCGGCGUGGUGGGUCUGCUGCUGGACACAGGCGUGUGCUCUGUGGACAAGCAGAACAAGGCUGGCUACACGGCCAUCAUGCUGGCUGCCCUCUCGACCGUGAAGCUGGAGGAGGACAUGGCUGUGGUCAAGAAGCUCUUUAGUCAGGGUAAUGUCAACGCCAAGGCCAGCCAGGCAGGCCAGACGGCGCUGAUGUUAGCAGUUAGCCACGGGCGUCAGGAGAUGGUGUGUGCCCUGCUCGAGUGUGGAGCUGACGUCAACGUUCAGGACGAUGAGGGAUCUACGGCUCUGAUGUGCGCCAGCGAGCACGGCCGAGCCGAGAUAGUCAAACUGCUCCUGGAGCAGCCUGGAUGCGACAUAUCCAUUGUGGAUAAUGAUGGCAGCAAUGCUCUGUCCAUCGCACUCGAGGCAGCGCACAACGACACGGCUGUGCUGCUCUACGCACAUAUGAACUAUGCUAAGACCCAGACUACUGUGGGGAGUCCAAAGGCACAACCAAGGAGCCCCCCGAGCCCCCACAAGUCGUGGCCUGAAGACUGACACAGUCACAGCCGCUCACGGAGCAGCAAACGUAACUGGAUCUGAGCUGUGAAGAGCUCCACUGGAAUUUACUUAAAUAUAUGUGUAUUUAUAUAUUGACGUAUGUCCUUCAUUUAUAAGUAUUGUUAAUAUGAGAAUAUUAUUUUUCCAUUGAAUGGUUAUAUACUUAAAUAAGCUGUUUAAAUUAGGUCUCCAGCAUUUGUUUUUUCUUUUUGUUCUGUGACUAAAGAGGAGACUUCACAUUUAUUUGCACUCCACUAAUAUUUUACUGUUAAAGGCAACACAUGCCAGCAGCACAUAAUGUGCAUAAACAAAUAUCCACAGCUGUUGUUUUAUGUGUGUUUCUAAAGUGUCUCUUGGAUCUCCACAAAGAUGAUCACAUGAGCUCCUUGGACUGGGACAUGCUUCUUUCUAGUGGUGGACAUUGUGCCACUGGUUUGUGUUGCUCAGUGUUCUUACCUUCCUGUCCUGUCUGAUGUGUAAACUUCUUUCCCUUCAUAGCCUGCACUAACUGCAUGUGCAUUGUAUGUUCAUAUAAAUAUAUACAUAUAUAAAUAUAUAUACAUGUUUAAAUAUAGAAUACCACUCAGAAGUUUUCUCAUUUCAUGUUUUUUUUUUUCCAACAUUGUAACUUAGUACAGAAGAUAUCAAAACUGUGACAGACCACAUAUAUAUUUAUAUUGUAGAUUCUUCAAAAUAGCCACCUUUGGCGCAGUUUUUCCAACCCUUCAGUCAACAUCAUGAAACAGUCACCUAAAGUCACGACAUAGUUUCCAGAACCCAUAUCAACCGGGUUUAGGUGGAGUGGUUGUGGAGGCCAAGUUUUCUUGGUCAUGUAGCCCAUUCAUAGCUUUGAGGUGUGUUUAGGGUCAUUAAUUAUGAUCCCGCUAAACCAGAUGUGAUGGCUUGUUGCUGCUGAUACUGUGGUAGCCUUACAUUUUGAAUAAGUCAUUCGCACACCAUCACACCUCCUCCUCCUCCUCCUCCAUCAUGCUUCAUGUCAGGAGCCGCACACGUACAAACCAUCCGUUCACCUUUUCCAUGUUUUUAAAUGGACACGGUGGCGGGAGCCAAAAAUCUCUAAUCUGGAUUUAUCGGUUUAAACUAAAGGUUUCUACUGGUCUGAUGUUUAUUUGUUGUGUUGUGGUUGAGGUAGUGAACAGUCUUAUUCGACUGUGCUUCUAAUCCAUAUUACGGCAAGAACCGCUCAGAAGUCCAUCAUUACGUUACGACAUUAACAUCAGUCUGGAAAACUUUAAGAACUUUGAAUGUAAUGAAUUAAAUGCCACGAAGAAAGGAAAACCAAAAGUAACUUCUGCUACAGAAGCCCACUAACCUUAUCUAUGCACAACACAACUGAUAGUAGUAGUAGUACAUUUAUUUCGGUCAUGUAAAAAAAAGUAAAUACAAUAAACAAAGUAUAAAAGUAAAAAAACAAAAGCAAUACAUAACAAAGCAAUAUAAUGCACUCUGACCAAAAAGGUGUAGGCUGAAGCAUCAGUUUACUUUGCCACCCGACAUGUCGUAGCUGCAUGAGGCAGUCAGACAGGAAACACCACGAGUGUGACUGUCAUCAAAGCAAAAGGAGGCUACUUCAACGGAUCUAAAAUAUUCAACAUAUUCUGGUUUGUUUAACACUUUUUUGUUUGCUACAUAAUUCCUUAUGUGUCCGUUCAUUGUUUUGAAAUCUUCAGUUUCAGUAUUAAUGUAAAAUGUAGAAAAUAAUAAAGAAAAACAGUAUGUGCAAAGCUUUUGACUGGUACUGUAUAUUCAUGUCUGAAAUAAAAAAUUUAUAUAAAAGUUGAA